AUGUCAUCAUUAAUUCCAGGGUCCAGCGGUAGUGAGGCCACGGUUUCUACAGCUGUACUAAAGCUGUCAUCAGCAGCCAACCAUCGCUCCCUUCCAUGCCUAGAAUCUCUAAGUAUAUGGAAAUGCGAUCGUUUGUCAGAGGUUGCCAAUCUUCCUCCGUCUAUCAAGUUCUUGGACAUUGAUAGCUGCGGCAACCUUAAAUCUCUAUCUGGAAAGCUAGAUGUCAUCCAAAAUUUAAAUAUUCGGUUCUGCGAUAGGUUGGAGUCACUGGAAUCUUGCGUAGGAGAGCUCCGAUCUGUGAAAGAACUCAGGCUUCUUCAUUGCAGAAGCCUGGUGUCCUUACCGGAUGGGCCUCAAGCAUACUCAUCUCUUAGAUAUCUUGAUAUUGAUGGUUGUGAUGGUAUAAAGUCACUUCCGCCGGGCCUACAGAGCCAUCUGGAUUGCCUCGAGGUGAAUUUUAUAGAUGCCCGUUACAAAGCAUACUACUCCCUCCUGCACCCACCAGCGGCCCGCAAGAGCCCCGCGCCCUCGCCCCUCUCCCAUCCCUCCCCUUCCCCCUUCCUCCGCUUCCCGGCCGCCACGCGCCCCCGCCUACCCCACCUCCACCGCCUCCGCUCCGCCUCCCCGGCCGCCGCCUCCGACCUCACCGCCUUCCCCAACCCGAACGGCAUCCUCGCGCCCAUCGACGUGGACGCCGCCACGGAGGCCGAGCUGCGGGAGAACGGGUUCCGGAGCACGCGCCGCACCAAGCUCGUCUGCACCGUGGGCCCGGCCACCUCGUCCCCGGAGCAGCUCGAGGCGCUCGCCGUCGGCGGGAUGAACGUGGCGCGCGUCAACAUGUGCCACGGGGACCGGGAGUGGCACCGGGGCGUCAUUCGCGCCGUCAGGAGGCUCAACGAGGAGAAGGGCUUCGCCGUCGCCGUCAUGAUGGACACCGAGGGUAGCGAGAUCCACAUGGGGGACCUCGGCGGCGCGGCCUCGGCCAAGGCGGAGGAUGAAGAAGUCUGGACAUUUAGCGUUAGAGCAUUUGAAUUGCCUCUCCCAGAACGAACUAUUAAUGUGAACUAUGAUGGGUUCGCUGAAGAUGUGAGAGUUGGUGAUGAGCUUCUUGUGGAUGGUGGAAUGGCUCGAUUUGAGGUGAUUGAGAAGUUAGGACCUGACGUUAAGUGUCGCUGCACGGAUCCUGGUUUAUUGUUGCCACGUGCGAAUCUUACAUUCUGGCGUGAUGGCAGUAUUGUCCGUGAGAGGAAUGCUAUGCUUCCUACAAUUUCAUCAAAGGAUUGGCUUGACAUAGACUUUGGAAUUGCCGAAGGUGUAGAUUUCAUCGCCGUUUCAUUUGUCAAGUCUGCAGAAGUAAUUAAACAUUUGAAAAGCUACAUAGCUGCAAGGAGUCGUGGCAGGAUUGACACCGCAAAGCACCUAUUUGAGCACACUGACCAUGAGGGCUUAACGGCUGAGGUCUCUGGUGGAGCAGACAAUCUCUUCUCUGAACAGAGGGCUUGAGUAGCAGUGUAACUGGCACCAAGAGCCUCAGCACGGAGACAUCAACCCACGACAGCCUCGGAUUAUUAGUCUAUAGAAUCUGGAAAUUGUAGUUUCCUUGCAAAUGCAGUAUCUCAGCACACUUGCGAAUAGUCAUUAUGAUCCGGUUGUUUUUCUGAUUUUAGCAUCAAUUAGUCUAAGUUGUUACUUGCAUAAAAGUUGAUUAAGUUGGUGCCAAGAGAAUACAUGAAUUCUUUGAUUGCCUAAUUUUCAUAGAGGAUCACGAUUAGGCACCGCAAUGAAGUAAAUUGUAUUAUAGUUUGUAAGCGAGGUGAAACCAAAUAAAAUGUUUUCUCUAGGUUUAA